GAAAGUCACUCCCAGAUUUCAGCGGAAAUCAGCCCGUGAGCCUACGAUAGGUUUAGUUUGGCAGAUCACGGGAAUUUCGGGUACCGGUUAAUGGGAUCUAACACAUCCGGUAUGCUAAUCUUAUCGUGUCAAAAAACCAUUAAUCUUUCCAGGAGAUUUUGUCUCUGAAUCCUCAGACUACUCAUACGGAGUUGGCGGAAAUAGUGGAUCUCGGGUGUUUUUACAGUAAAUUAUCGCUUGGACGCUGAGACACUUCAGCCCAGUUUAAAGUGUUGAGUACCAGCCCAUUUGAGUGAUCGUGAGAGGAAAAGCUCUGUUGUUCGAAAGAGAGAGUGCUCGGAAUCCCCCAAAACCAGCCCUGCUCAGUAUAGCUAUGAUAGAAACGAGCAAGUCCGCGUAUAUUUACUCCCGAUUACUCAAAUAGGCUAGUGCUCAGCAUAUCAAGCUAAGCUGAAGUGUCUCAGUAGCGGAAGGGAUACCUCAACUUCGUGAUCUCUCAAUUUCGGACUUCCAAGUAUUCUAUCCUUCCUCUUUGAUCCUCUUGGAUUCCUUGUGCUUUCAAAAGGCAAUGGAUCAUGUCAUAUCUCUCGGGCCACACACCACGCACACUUUUUUUUCCUUUUUCUUCUCUUUCCUGGUCUCUUUCUACACGUUGCUUUUUUUCUAGCCUUUUUUUUAUCUCAUCUGGUCCAGUGUGUCCCGUCCUUGCUUGCUUGCUGGCAGGUACGGUAGGCAGCUGUGAGAAGCCGCUCUCUCUCUUUCUUUCUUUCUGACAGGCUGCUAGCACCCAAUCACUGCUGGACAUCAAGAAAACUCCGCUCCAUCGUAAAAUCAAUCACCUUAAGCUACGAAUACCGGUUCUAUAUACGAGAAUGGAGAGGGUCUAAAAGGGGGGGAAUACUUGGGCGGAAUUUUUGAAUGCUGAGCUCUGCCGAAACAGGAAUUCCUCCAGGUACGGGUGCCAGGUUGCCACAAUCAACCAAGUUUCCCCGCCUUCUUUCAACUAACUACCGUACCGGUAUUAUUUACUCGUACAGUCCACUGCCAGAUAAGCAAGAGAGCUAAACGGCAAUAGGCCCAGCUGAGCAUGUUAACAAAAUUUCGAACGCCAGUUAAAGAGAACCCCGAAGUUCAGCUUGCUCAAGCCAUACCUCCUCAUGCAAACCCUUUUUCCCUCCUAAGGUGUUUUGUCUCUGAAUGCGGAGAUUCGGUGCCGGACGGAGAUAGUGGGUUAUGGGUUUUUACCGAAUGGUAGUCAAACGCCUUGGAGCAAGGCAUUCUUUUUUUCCGUCCUUUUGCCUGUUGCCAUGGACCAGGUGGAUCCCUGUUUAUCUGGACCGUUCAGUUCCCACUCCAGGGAUGGCAUGCUGAUGCUGACUAGCAGCCAGAGCAAGCCCAGCAGCAGCACGGUACGGGCCCCGUCCUGUACUUAGCAUCGGUGGCUACACAUCGCAUAAUUGAGUAAGAGCCCGCGUUGAUCACUGCUUGGGUAUUCCCGGGUAGACGAAGGUAAAAUAAGUGCUGCUAUUACACGAGCCCAAAAAUUCAUCCUUCGCUCUCCAGGGGUCACCAUUGCCCGCACUGGAUGUUGUUUCUUUCUUUAGGAUAGAAAUUGGAAUACUCGAGCACCGUAACGCCUCCACACCCUGGUUGACGCACAUCCAACCAAGACCAGUACUCUUCCAUUGGCCAUUCUUGAGCUCCCUUCCUCUCUCUUUAGCUCCUCUCGUUCCCCAGCCAGUCCCGGAUCCCCCCGGAUUAGACCCAUCGCUCGCCUCUCGCUCUGCAUUUUACCAGGCCUCGAAGGGAGGACUCAUUUCGAUUAACUAGUUUCAAGAGGAGAGCGACCCUCCGACAUCUUCGAAGGCGUCGAGUAUCAUACCAUACUCCACCCGGGUUUGCCCUUGUAUGCACAAGGGAGUCAGGGAGUGAUAAAGACCAAGGAAGCGGUGGGCUGAGGAAGUCUCGCUCGCACACGCACAUCCGCACACACAUACACCAUUCACACCACCCACCCACACUCACUCGACCACUACAACCCUAUCGCCAAACCUGAACCAUCAAGAAGAAGACGAAGAAGGCGACCAUAGUAGUCAGCCUCGACUAAUAUGCCUGGAAUACUGCCAAUGAAACUUAUCAAAUGCGGCAGCAGCCAAACACGCAUUGCCCAGGCUUGCGACCGCUGCCGCUCAAAGAAGAUACGAUGUGAUGGGAUACGACCAUGCUGCUCACAAUGCGCAAACGUGGGCUUUGAGUGCAAGACGUCCGACAAGUUGUCUCGAAGGGCGUUCCCGAGGGGAUAUACAGAGUCGUUGGAGGAGCGGGUACGAUGCUUGGAGCAGGAGGUUCGUGAGAUGAAGGAUUUGCUGGAUGCGAAGGAUGAACAGCUGGAUAUGCUCUCCAGAAUACACUCCUUUUCACCAUACUCGCCCCCCGCGAGUGCUGUUUCCGGCGGUUCGCAUAGAGCACACAAGUCUCCGGAAAGAGCGAGGAGCGAUUCGGCGGAUUUGGGACUCGGUGAUACGUUUGUCAUUCAUGAAACCUCAUCUCUAGUGGGGGGUAGCGAAGCAGAUGGUAACGGUGUCUUUUACGUUGGCUCUUCUAGUGGAAGGCCGUUUUUAGGUAUGUCUUUGCCUCUAUAUCUCGAGAAAGAUUCUGCUUUCCCUCAAGCGCAUCUCAUGAAAUUCACCUUCGCCUUACGAGGCGCUUGCCCUCGUAAGGCCCAACAUGCCUCACCCCCCAGUGUGAAAUCUUCAUAAAUAAUUACUUGGCAAAUUCCUCCUCAUACAAAAUACUUAUUCGUGGUUUCAAGAGCUUCUUAAGAAGAAAUGCGGGGCAGACUUCAAUCCGGAUAUCCUUCUCGAGUGUCAGCAGUCGUUAAAACCAUCAGAAAUUGAUUCAUACGAGGACAUAAAAACGCCCCCACGACUUUUGUCGGAUCGCCUUUUGGUAUCAUAUUUUCAAGAGUACCAUCCCCUGUUUCCGGUUCUCCAUAGACCGACAUUUCUCACUUCCUACGAGAAAUUGGUAUCUGGAGAUGGGUUCCAGGUGAACACGUUACCCCACCACUUAGUAGCCCAGUUAUUUUUGGUAUUUGCUAUAGCACAGCAAAAUGAGGUAAGGCCGUGGACGAUUCUUGCUCCCCCAAAAAAGAAGGGAUGUUCUGACAUCAAUCUUAGCCACGAAAUGGACCUGAUCAGCAAUUCGAUGCUCAAUGGCAGAGAUCUCUUAAUGCCAUUAUUGUGGAUAGCACCAUUGAGACACUUCAGUGUCUUGUCCUUGCUCAGUUAUACUGCUUUUCUAAGGGCGAUUAUUCCAGGCUUCUGCAGUACAAGAGUCUUGCUGUCGGAAUUGCGUUGAGGUUAGGUUUAAAUCAGAGCCAGAGGAAGUUCACCUUGGGAGCCCUCAGUGGUGAAAUGAGAAAGAGGACGUUUUGGUGUGUUUAUUGCUUGGACAGGUUGGUGUUUCUAGAAUAUUGCUCUUCAUUCCCACAUCCUACUUAACUUUUCCUGUAUUGACCCGUGGAUGGAUGUAGCUUCUCCGCAGCAAUGCUCGGGUUACCCAAACUCCUUAGGGAUGGAGACAUUGAUACGGAGUAUCCAUCCGAUAUUGACGAUGAGUAUGUUUCCGAAAAGGGUUUCCUACCAACCCAACCAGGUGACUCCACAAAGAUUUCUAGCGCACUAGCCCUAUUCAGAUCAUCAAGGAUUCUCUGUAAAGUUCUCGAUGCGGUUUACCCUACAUCGAGCGCUCACGAGGUGAGCUAUACUAAGCUUAAGGAACUUGAGGACGAGCUUGGAACGUGGAAGAUGGGACUAGCACCACAUCUUAGACUUGAGUUCACGAAUGGCACACCAGCUACUAAUGUCGUUGACAGCCGAUCACCACUGUUGGUAUUUUCACCCCGCAUGCCCACGAACGCCCGUGCACUGUCAAGCACCCUUAUUAAUUGACCUCAGCUAAUCAUUAUUCUUCAGGUACUGGCCUAUCAUUACAUUCGAUCAUUGAUUCACAGGCCGAUUAUUGGCUCAACCCUAGAUAGCAAAGUAUCCGCAUCUUUGCACAUGAUCCGGGAGUCCAGCAAAUGCAUCAUUCAGAUUAUUCAAUUGCUCACCGAACGGAAACUCGGAUUUUCAUUCUGCCUCAACAAGGCGCAAUUACUCCUUAUGUCCGGGUUCACCCUUUUGUACAGCACAGUAGACUGCCCGCAACACACGCCAUUAGCGAAGGAGAACCAGAGGUUAAUUGCCGGUGUCCUGGAGGAACUCGAUAAAUGUCACCCCUGCAUGGCUAAAGAACUCAGGCCCAUCACCGCUGCGGUCUUAAGAAUCGAGCCACGGAUAACUGCGACAAACGGAAACCAACACAAAAAACCAAAGGAGUACACACAAUCACCCCCAACGCCGCCUUCGAGCAGUCCUACAGAGCAGGGGUCAUUGAGGAGGAGAUUUUCCUCGAUCUCGGCAGAGUUUGGUUUACGCAGAGGCAAGAAUGGGGAUAUCCGUCGCGCAAGUAGCCAGGAUAUGUCUAGUAUGGGUGACCAUGGCGGUGUUCGUCUGACCUCUGCGUCACUCACGGAUCUAUCACCUACGCCUCGAGUCCGGUAUCCUGCAGCCGGCUAUGUGGCAGCAGUCAAAAUUCCUCAAACCCGCCAAAGCCUGAUUCUGGAUUCUCCAUAUCUCGAUAGCCUCUUGGACAUGGGACCCAAUGACCUACAUUCGAGCUCGCAGAACCCGUCCUCGGUAUCGGCGUACGCUUGGGAGAGGGUACUGGCCGCAAUGGACCCCACACACACAACACACAUCUACGGAGGCGAGGACGGGGGCAGCGGCACCUUGAUCCAUCCCUCUGAUCACCUAUCUGCCGAAACAGGUACCCGGCCGGUGGAUCAGCACUGGAGCCUGAGCGAAACUCCCACAACUGUGUCCUUCCGCGGCACCCCGCCGUCCAUAUCGCCGUUCUCCACGUUGUCGGAAGAGAGUUUUGCUGGCAGUGACGGCGUGCGGGCCGGUGCAGGAGGCCUGGACGUUGGCAGUGGCUACCCCGAUAAUGAUAACCUGGGAGACUUUCUUGGACCUCUGAUGGGCACGCGGAGUGGCGGCUCAGGCGGGACGUUAUUGGAGAACGAAUGGCACAUGUGAUGGAUGUUUCCCCCCCCCCUCCUUUCUUCUCUUCGUUUUCCUCAUUCCCUGUUCCAUUUCUUGCUGCUUCCCUUUUCUUUCUUUUCUUUCUUUCUUUACUUUUAUUAUAGCCGUUUUUCUUUAAACCCUUCCUUAUUUUUAAAACAAUUCUCCCUCCUUUUCUUGCCGCAUGAUCUCAUCUUUUUUCCUUUCCUUUUUACAUUCCCCCACCCCUUCCAUCCUCCCAUCCUACUUCCUUAAGCAGCGCUGUUUCCCCCCCCCCCUCCCAGAAGAGAAGGAAGGAAGCGCUCUUUUGUCCAUCAUACUCUACGCAAUCAAAUCCGAUCGAACGAGGGGCGGUAACCGCGAGCGGCUACUAACUGGUAAGGUAGGUACGGUAGCAAGAAACGUGAAGGUGAAACUGCGUUAUGUAUCGUUAUGUUUAUCUUUUUUAUUUAUUUAUUUUUAUUUAUUUAUUUAUUUUAUUUUACCUCUUUCUCAUGUGUGCGUAUUGUAGUAGCACUCGGUAGUUAGUUUUAGCAGUUUUCCCCAAGCUCUUUUCUUCCUUUUUUCUCCCCCCCCCAUUUGCGCUGCUCGUGUUACAUUUUCUCUUAUUCUACCUACUUGUACACCGCACCCUUAUCUCCACUUUCCAGAGCACUGCGGUGUACUUGAAUCAUGUUAAUAGAUAAUUCUCUUGCC